GUCUGUCAUUGCGUCCUUCCCGUCUUUCCGUUCGCUGCUAGCACUUACUGUUCAACAGUGGAGCGCAGUCUCUGGUGAGCGAUGAUUUUGUUGUUGGCGAGGUAGGACCUUAACUGAGGAUGCACUCAGACCUGUCGCCGCAUCUGCACACCGACGAGUGCAAUGAACUGAUCGCAAAGCUGAGACAGUGCCACAAGGAGCACAGUUUCCUAAAGUAUUUUGGCACUUGUAAUGACUUUGACCGGGCCAUGCGUGAAUGCCUGAAGAAAGAGUACCAGGCUAAGCGGGAGCGGAGCAGGGCCCACGCGGAUGAGAUGAAACGGAGGCUGAGAGAGAGACCCAAGAAGCUGGAGGGAUGAGGGAGUGACACUGGAACUGGGCACAUGGACUUACAGCGCAGCAGGUCUCACUUCCUGCCAUCUGGCUGCCAGAGUUCUCUAAGAUUUCUUUUUCUCCCCCCCCUCCUUUUUUUUAAAUUUGCGGUUAUUUCCGAAUUGGCCAUGUGUGUCUGGACACUCUGAAUGUAAUUCAGUGUAAACAUGGCCUGCACACUGAGUACCAUCUUCUAAGUGUGUUCAAGAAAUGAUUUAAAGGUUUCUUUACAGACGCUUGGUUGGAUUAUUGUUGCGUUUGCCGGGAGCAGAAAUGAAACCGAGCGACGUGUUUUCCGCUCCGUUUCACGCCGUCAUUUUCGGAAACAUGUUACCCCGUGCACUUGAGGUCUUUCCGAACAUGAGUAAUUUGUGUACAACAUUACACCACGUUCCCGGUAAAAUAAAGUGCGCUGAUUUUUC